AUAGUUUUAAAUUCUCUUGGAAUAUAACAACCUGCGCUGUUUUCUUGAGAGAGUCAUCCUUCAACCAAACCACAUCAAUGAAUGAAUGAAUGAAUGAAUGAAGAAUAGCUUCGAGAUUGAUUCUGUCUGCCCACUGAAUCCCAAGUACCGCUAAAUCCCAAGUCUUCAAAUGCACCAUUUUUUCACAGUUUGAUAGUUAGUGAGUUCAUACUUACCUCUCCACAACUAAAAUGGCUUCCUCUCAUAUUCUCUGCCACAACAACGUUUUUAAUCUUUCUCCCAAUCCUUUUAGGAACAGGGGUCUCUCUUCCUUAAACUCAAAUGGGUUUUGUUUUUUUGGUUCGAAAUCUAGAAUUUCGAGGCCUUCAUCUCUCAAAAUUGUGGUUUCUGAAAGAAGACAAGUUGAGAUAGUUUAUGAUGCUGAUGAAAGGAUAAACAAAUUGGCUGAUGUAGUGGACAAGGAAGCGCCUCUUUCUAGGCUCACUCUUUUCUCACCUUGCAAGAUUAAUGUUUUCUUGAGAAUAACUAGCAAAAGGGAAGAUGGGUAUCAUGAUUUGGCAUCCCUCUUUCACGUGAUAAGUCUUGGAGAUGUGCUUAAGUUCUCUUUGUCUCCUUCAACAAAGAAAGAUUCUUUGUCAACGAAUGCCUCUGGGGUACCACUUGAUGAUAGAAAUUUGAUUAUCAAGGCCCUUAAUCUUUACCGAAAGAAAACUGGUACAAACAAAUACUUUUGGAUUCAUCUUGACAAGAAAGUGCCCACUGGAGCAGGGCUAGGUGGUGGGAGCAGCAAUGCUGCAACAGCCCUAUGGGCAGCAAAUCAGUUCAAUGGUUGUCUUGUUACUGAAAAGGAAUUGCAAGAAUGGUCAAGUGAGAUUGGUUCAGAUGUUCCUUUCUUUUUCUCCCAAGGGGCAGCCUAUUGUACAGGUCGAGGUGAGGUUGUUCAGGAUAUUCUACCACCUGUACCAUUAAACAUUCCCAUGGUUCUCAUAAAGCCCCCAGAAGCAUGUUCAACAGCCGAAGUUUAUAAGCGUUUUCGGUUGGAUAAAACCAGUAAUAGCGAUCCUUUACAAUUGCUCCACAAGAUCUCAAGUGAUGGAAUAAGUCAAGAUGUCUGCAUCAAUGACUUAGAACCUCCUGCCUUUGAAGUUCUUCCAUCUCUUAAGAGAUUGAAACAGCGUAUAAUUGCAGCUAGUCGUGGACAAUAUGAUGCUGUUUUUAUGUCUGGGAGUGGAAGCACCAUUGUCGGGGUCGGUUCCCCAGAUCCACCUCAGUUUAUAUAUGAUGAUGAGGACUACAAGGAUGUGUUUUUGUCAGAGGCCAACUUUCUGACUCGAGAAGCAAAUGAAUGGUACAAAGAACCUGCUUCAGCUAGCGCUUGUAGCCCUUCAGAUGAUUUCUCUCGUAAUUUUUCCUCCUCUGUCGAGUAAUAAGAAUGAAUCAUAAUAAUAAUAAUGUGUGUAGUAAAAUGACCAUAUUGUAUGAUUCGUUAGGUUUCUGCUAUGUAAUAAUGGAAUGAAUAAAAAAUAAAAUAAAUAGAAUGAUUUAUAU